AUGAGUGAGGAAGAGAUUCUUUUAGACCGUAUUAGAACACAUGUUUAUUUAAACGAUAUUCAUCUCAUAGAAUGGUUCGAGGAUUUCGAUAAACUCAGAACUGGACGCGUUUCUCGCGAACAAUUUCGUAGAUGUUUCGAAUUCGCCAAAUUCUCACUUACAGAAAACGAAUGGAACUACCUUUGCCAAGAGUAUGCAAAGGAUGACGAUGUAGAUUACAGAGAUUUUUGCCACGACGUUUCUAAGAUUUUCACAAAUCCUGAUUUAGAAGUUACACCAAAAGGUGAGCUUCCAAACACAAAAGAGAUUGUCACAAAGAUUACAAACAGAAUAUCAACAAACAUGCCACAAGAAGUUACUGAUUUAUUUGAGAUCUUAGUUCAUCAAGUCACAACUAAAGGAAUUCAUAUUAGAGAAGCCUUUAUGGACUUUGAUAAGAGCAACUGUGGUCGUGUUACUAAGUCACAAUUCCUUCGUAACCUUCCUUUUGAAAAAUUAACACAAAAGCAAAUCCAAAUCCUUUUGGAUCGUUAUUUAGACCCAAAGCUUGGCGAUGUCAACUACAAGAGAUUGCAUCUCGAUGUUAUUGACUUCCAAAACCUUCCAGAACAAAAAGAUAUAAUUCCAGAAUUUAAUUUACCACACCACAAGCAAAGCAUUAAGCUUCAUCCACUUCCAUCAGAUCCAGAAACAGUUAUUGAUCGUUUUGCAGAGUACGUUCAUAAGAACAGAGUACGUAUUCGGGAUUUCUUCGAUUCUCAUGAUCCUUUACAUAGUGGCCGUGUUACACCCGAUAUGUUUAUGAAUGUACUUACUCUUUUCGGCUUCCAAUUCUCUCCAGAAGAACUUAACGACUUGGCCGAACGUUAUAAGAUCAGAAUCGAUUUAGCAGAUUACGUACGCUACAAAGAGUUCUGUCUUGAUGUUGAUCGUACUGCCAAGGCUAUUCGUGAUUCAAUUCCACAACCUCCAGCACCAUAUGACAGACAAGCACAAGCUGUCAUUUCUAAGGUCAAAGAAUUCAUUGCCAAGAAUAGAAUCAACGUCUUACCACCUUUCCAAGAUUUCGACCGUACAAACAGAGGUUAUGUCACAGAAUUGCAAUUCCACAGAGUACUUUCACUUAUGACCAUUCCUGUCUCUACAGAUGAUGUCAGAGUACUUCUUGCAAUUUAUAGUGGAAAGGCUGAUGGCGUUGACUACUUCAGAUUUGUUGAAGAUAUUGAUCCGGACCAUGCUCAAUCCAGAAGAACAUUUAAGUCAGUAAACGCUACUAUUGAGUCCAUUGAGAACACAUACGGUCACACACCAAGCGGAGACAAGUUCGUUACUCCAGAUGUGGCCGACCAAUUAAUUUACGAGUCAAAGAAAGGUUUGUUACCAAAGACGAAGGAGAACAAAUCAAUUACAGAGCUUCUCGGAGAUAUCCAGAGAUGGUGCUACAUCCAUUCCGUUGAUUUACACGACUUCAUCAAAGAUUUCGAUCCUUUGAACACAGGAGAAGUCACAGACAAUCAACUGAGGUCAUCAAUGAAUGUUGCUGGCUACAGAGUAACUGAUGAUGAGUUCAAAUUCAUCACAGACGCAUACAGAAGCGAACGCAACCCAGACAAAGUUCUUUGGAGCAAAUUCGCUGACGAUAUUCUUGCUUUCAUUGCUCCGAAAAGAUUGGAACAGACACCACGUAAAAACCCUGUUUUACCAUCAACAGUAAUGGCUGAAACAAGGAAGCAAGAACUGUCCGGAAACACAGGAAUGUCAAUGACAGCACAAGUCCAAAACAUUCUUGAGAAAGUCAACAAAUACGCUGUACAAAGAAGAAUCUCUUUGAGCGAACAAUUCCAAGACAAAGACAGACACAAACAUAAACAAGUUUCAACAAUUUCAUUUGCACAAGUCAUGCAAUUGAUCGGUGUUCAUCUUUCUAUGAACGAAAUCAAUCUGUUGGCCGAGUACUAUCUCGAUCCAGUCACUCAUUUCGUUAACUACCCAACUUUCGUCAAAGAUGUCGAAGCUCUUGGUGGAAUCAAUUUCCCAGAAUACACAGAAUUAGUUGUCAACAAAAUGACAACUUAUGCUGGUGAUAUCAACACAAUUGUUGCUACAAAGCCACCAAUAACUGCAGAGCAAUUGACAUGGAAUAAGAUAUUACCACGUAUACAAUCAUAUAUCUAUAAGAGAAGAAUAAGAUUGAUGGAAUUCUUCGAAAACUUCGACCAUUUAAGACAUGGAAACGUGACACAACAAAAGUGGUAUACUGUUGUUGGCGAAACUAAUUUACCAAUUGUAGAAGAUGAGAUACAAUUCAUUGGUAAAAUGUUCGCUGUUGAAGGCCACAGUGACUUGUUUAAUUACAGAGAUUUCUUGGAUAUCGUUGAUCAAAUCUUUUACACUAAAGAUUUACACAGAAAUCCAACGAUGAGGCCAAAUGAAACAGUUUCUUUCAUCCCAGAUCCAUCUGUUUCAACAUCUGUUAUUCCUCCGGCUGAUGAAUAUAGAGCUGCUGCAAUCAUCGAGAGAAUGAGGAACUUCGUAACGACAAGGAGAAUGGAGAUCAGACAGCAGUUCGAGGAUUAUGAUAAGGCACCACCCAAAAACUACAUCACUCGCGCACAGUUCAGACAAUGCAUUGGAAGAUUAGGUUUGACAUCUGAUUCUAAUGAAUUGGAUAUCCUUUGCAAGAAGUAUAGAUGCACAGAACUCGAUGAAAUGAACUAUCGUGCAUUCUGCAAUGAUGUUGGCGGUUACUUAGAUUAUCAUGAACAACAACUCCAAAAUAAUUAA